CAAGUCACCAAGGACAAGAAAGAGUUCAACAUUCAUUUGGACUCGUCGGUGUCUGCUAAGCACGGCGAGAAUGGAUCCACUAUGGCAGGGUUCGAUAUCCAGAAUGUAGGGAAGCAGCUGGCUUAUGUGGUUAGAGGAGAAACCAAAUUCAAGAACUUGAGGAAGAACAAGACGACUGUUGGAGGGUCAGUGACUUUCUUGGGAGAAAACAUUGCCACUGGUGUUAAACUCGAGGAUCAAAUAGCACUGGGGAAAAGGUUUGUUCUUGUGGGCAGCACUGGGACAAUGCGAUCACAGGGAGAUUCUGCCUAUGGUGCGAACCUCGAGGUCAGGCUUAGGGAAGCUGAUU